AUGAGGAAGACCCCUUUCGAGAACUAUGUGCUUGCUGAGCCGUACGGAAUCUCCGGUGGGAUCGUAGUCAUGUGGGACCCAACCUUCAUCAACUUUCAGUUGAUCGGAAAGGACCUUCAUGCUAUCCAUGGUGUGGUUGAGAAAGAUAAUCCUAUUUAUCAAAGACUGGAUAGGGCUUGGGUUAAUAUGCACUGGUUAAAUCUGUUUCCAAACACUACUGUCCACACUCUCCCCAGAGAAAGUUCUGACCACAACCCCAUUAAAUUGAUCACUGAGCAAGAAAGUAAUCAAAAUGUUUUCAAUAAAAAGCCUUUCAAAUUGGAACCACUUUGGUAUGCAGAACCAGGUUUUGCUAACAUGAUUAAUGCUGAACUUAGUAUGGAUGGGUCUGAACUUGUCAGUAAACUCAGUAACAUUUCAGAUACAAUGGAAUCAUGGGUUAAAAAUAACAUAGGAAAUAUCUUCCACAAAAGAAAAAAGUUGUCUGCUAGACUAAGUGGCACUCAAAAGGCUUUAGAGACUAGGCCAACCAAAGUCAACAUCCCCUCCUGUCAAGACCACCACUAUAGAAGUGACAUCUGCAUUGACCAUGCCACAAAUGUAGAAGAAAUAGGGAAAGCAGUGUUUGACCCAGGACCCUUGAAAGCCCCUGGGAUAGAUGGAUUACAUGCCUAUUUUUACCAACAGCAUUGGGGAAACCUGUGGCAGGACCUUUAUAAUUAUAAGAUUGUCUCCAAGAUCUUAGUCAAUAGAAUUAGACCUCACCUCAAGGACAUAAUCUCCCCAAACCAAAACAGCUUCCUACCUGGAAGAGGAUGUGAGGUAAACUACAUAGCAGCUUCUGAGAUCCUCCAUUCAAUGAAGUCAAGAAAGGGAAAAAAUGGGUGGUUUGCUUUUAAAAUUGACUUAGAAAAGGCCUAUGACAGACUAGAGUGGAACUUCAUUAGAUUCUGUUUAGCUAGGAAAGGCUUUGAUAAAAACUCAACUGACCUAAUCUUAAACUGUGUUGCAUCCCCUUCCACCUCAGUGAUUAUCAAUGGUAAACCAUCCCCUACUUUCAAGACUUCUAGGGGAAUUAGGCAAGGGGAUCCAAUAUCCCCCUACAUUUUCAUAAUAUGCAUGGAGUACCUAUCUGACCUAAUCACAGAAGCUGCCUCUGAGGGAAAGUGGAAACCCUUUUGUCUAAGGAAAAAUGGAAUUCCUAUCACUCACUUAAUGUUUGCUGAUGACUUGUUACUCUUUGGGGACACCUCACCUUCUACCUUGAAUAGUUUGAAAGAAGUUUUAGAAAAUUUUUGGGAAUGCUCAGGUCAGAAAAUGAAUAACUCCAAAAGCAGAAUCUAUUUCUCUAAGUACACUAGCCAACACCAGAAGGACUUGUUCUGUACCUCCCUUCAUAAAAUAAAGAGCAAACUUGCAUCAUGGAAAGCUAAAUGCCUUAGCAAAGCUGGUAGGUUAGUCCUCAUCAAGUCCACCCUCAGUUCCAUUGCUAGCUACUCAAUGCAAGCCCUGUAUCUCCCCCAAAAAACUCUUCAAGAGAUAGACCAAACUUGUGCAAACUUUCUGUGGGACUCAAAUAGCCAAAGUAAGAAAACUCACCUUGUAGCUUGGCUAAAAGCUUGUAGAGAUCCAAAAUUAGGUGGACUUAGUGUGAGAUCAGCCAUUCUUCUAAACCAAGCCCAGAUGGUCAAACUAUGUUGGAAACUACACACUGGAAAUAAUUUGGGAACUAGAUUGGUUAAAGACAAGUACAUUACCAAUAGAGUUAAUCCAACUAGGUUCUCAAAAGGAUCCCACAUCUGGCAGAAUGUGGGGAAAGGGUGGGAUCUGUUCAAUAGACUCACCGCCUGGUGUAUUGGGGAUGGAACACACAUCAAUUUUUGGUAUGAUAACUGGACUGGUAAGGGUAGACUUAGAGACCUUAUUCAUGCCCCCUUGAAUAGAGAAGAAGAAAAUAGAAGGGUAGAAUCUGUUAUGAGAAAUGGGCAUUGGAACCUCAAUAUCUUGCCCUUUAUCCUUCCAACUAACAUCAUCACUUGGAUCCAUGCUAUUCCCAUUCCCCUCUAUGGUGAAGAUGCCCCCUACUGUGGACUGUCCAAAGGACCCAAAUUUAACUUAAAAAGUGCAUACAAUGAAGUCUGGAACAGCAAAUUCCCAGUAGUGAACCCAAAUGACAAAUGGAGUUGUGUAUGGAAAGCCAGAUGCCCUCCAAAGAUCCAGUUCUUUCUUUGGCUCACCAUUUGGGGCAGACUCCCAACUGCUUCCCACCUAGCCAAUAGACAUGUAAUCCCAAAUGGUAACUGCCAAUUCUGCCCUCACACUCAGGAAGAUAUUGCACAUUUGUUCAUCCACUGCCCUAGAGCCAUUGAAUUCUGGAACAACAUUGAGUUUACUGACAAGUUUAAACACCUCUAUAAUGAUGUUGAAAAAUGGAUUUUGGAAAACCUGAAUUGCAAAGAACCAUCUAAUCAGGAUAUCCCCAAUCAAACUAUUUUUGCUUUUUGUCUUUGGAGGUUGUGGAACAGAAGAAAUCUCUGGGUCUUUCAAAAAGAAAACAAACACAUUGUUACUUGGUGUAAGCAAACCAUAUGGCUGGCAAAUGAGUUUGAAAAUAGAGACAAUCUCCUCAUCACACAGGGGAAACCAGUGCAAAUAGAAAACCCAACCCUAACUAAGUUUAUUGUUAAAUGUGAUGCUUCUUUCUGUACCUCUACUCUUCUUGCCUCCUAUGAAAUUGUAUGCAGAAACGAAGACCACAAAUUCCUUGCUGGAAUAGCUGGAACUUUUACUACUGUCACACCUACUUUAGCAGAAGCUCAAACAAUAUUAAUGGCCACCUCAUGGACCAUAGCUAAAGGGUGGCAGGAUACCACAAUCAUCUCUGACUGCAAGGAAGCAGGAAUUGCUAAAAAACCAAAGGCACCUAUGGUUGAAGUUCAGAAGAAGGCAACAACUCGUGGAGGUGGAUUACAUCGCAAGAAAAGCCAAGAACCAGCUGAGUCUGUUGGAUCAGUGCAUUAG